AUCGAGUGGCUGUGAUAACUGAUAAGACACAAGCGUUCUGUUCCAAAAUCCAUAUUAUCCAAAAACCCAUUAAAUUUCUCUCUUCGACCCUCUCUUUUCCAGUUCAGAGUGGAGCACAUUCAUCUCUAUAAGGUAAUUUCGUUCUUCAUUUCUCUUUCCAAAUUUGGAUUGCAAACGGAAAAUCAUACAUAAGACUCUGAGAUUCAUCGGCGUUCAAAUUCUGGGUUUAUCUUAUUUUUCUCGUAAAUUUCCGUAUACAAUGCAUGCUCUAAGCAAUUGGUGUCCGACUAGUAGUUCCAAAGUCGAAUUAGGUUCUUCUUGCGUAGUUCGUCGGUCAGGGAAAAGGCUAAAGUGCGUAGGGUUUUCUGAUUGUUGUUGUGGAAAUGGCGGUUUCUCUUUGAUUUCCUUCAAUUUAAGAGUUUUUAGAAGUGGGUUUUGUUACGAGAAUUCGAAAUUCGACUGUAGUUGUGAGUUCCGCCAUGGAUGUUCUAAGCUUAUAGUUGCUCGAUUGAUGAAGCCGAAGAGGAAUUCUCUGGGCGCCUGGUUUUUAUCUGCUUGGGCUGUUGAACAACCAACGGUUGGUAAUGAAAUUGUUAGGGUUGAAUCGAAUUCUGAAGAUGAUUUGGCUGAGAGAAGUGAGGGGGAGGGCUAUGGCGGUUUGGAUUGGGAUGAUCAUCACAAUGUUAAUGGUGAAAAUGGCCAUGGAGGAGGGGAUUUUAAAGAUGAGGACGGAAUGGAGGGAGAGGGAGAUGUUUGGGUCGAUGUUCGUGCCCUAGCAGGUCGUUUGCAGCUCACCCGAACAGCAGAUGAUGUUGAGGAGGUUCUCAAGGAUGUGGGUGAAUUGCCUCUUCAAGUGUUCUCAUCCAUGAUUAGGGGUUUUGGGAGAGAUAGAAGGUUGGAGUGUGCAGUGGCUCUUGUUGAUUGGCUGAAGAGAAAGAAGAUUGAAACCGAUGGUCGUAUUGCACCGAAUUUGUUCAUAUACAAUAGUCUUCUCGGUGCAGUUAAGCAAUCUACAGUGUUUUCGAAAAUGGAAGAUGUCUUGGCUGAUAUGGCACAGGAAGGAAUCACUUCAAAUGUCAUUACAUACAAUACAAUUAUGUCAAUUUACUUGGAACAAGGACUAGCAAUGAAAGCUCUUGGCAUUCUUGAAGAGAUGCCGAAGAAAGGCCUAACUCCGUCUCCCGUGUCCUACUCUACGGGCUUACAAGCAUACCGAAGGAUGAAAGAUGGGAAUGGAGCUUUGAAGUUCAUGACCGAGUUGAGAGAAAAAUAUCGUAGCGGUGAGAUGGCAAAAGAUGAUAAUGUAGAUUGGGCUGACGAAUUCAUGAAGCUCGAAAACUUCACGAAACGCGUUUGCUACCAAGUAAUGAGGAUUUGGCUUGUGAAGGGCUACAGUGCAAGCACGAAGGUGUUGCAACUUCUCGUGGAAAUGGAUAAGGCCGGACUGUCACUUGAUCGUGCCGAAGAGGAACGACUUAUUUGGGCUUGUACGUGUGCGGAACACCAUAAUGUAGCAAAAGAAUUGUACUACAGGAUAAGAGAAAAACAGUGUGGUAUAAGUUUAUCUGUUUGUAAUCAUGUGAUUUGGCUGAUGGGGAAAGCUAAGAAAUGGUGGGCAGCUUUGGAGAUUUAUGAAGAUUUGUUGGAGAAAGGACCAAAACCAAAUAACAUGUCAUAUGAACUAAUUGUCUCGCACUUUAAUGUUCUUCUCACAGCUGCAAAGAAAAGGGGGAUUUGGAGAUGGGGUGUGAGGUUACUCAACAAAAUGGAAGAGAAAGGUCUUAAACCCGGAAGUCGGGAAUGGAACGCGGUUCUUGUUGCUUGUUCCAAAGCUGCAGAAACUUCUGCAGCUAUAGAAAUUUUUAGGAGAAUGGUCGAACAAGGCGAAAAACCCACCAUUCUUUCCUACGGGGCACUACUUAGCGCUCUGGAAAAGGGAAAACUCUAUGAUGAAGCACGUAGUGUCUGGGAUCAUAUGAUUAAAGUCGGGGUAAAGCCAAACAUCUAUGCUUAUACAACUAUGGCUUCAGUUUUCACUGGCCAAGGAAAGUUCAACAUGGUUGAAGUCACUAUCAAUGAUAUGGUAUCAUCUGGCAUUGAGCCAACGGUCGUCACCUACAAUGCAAUAAUCACGGGAUGUGUCCGUAAUGGUUUGAGCAGUGUAGCUUACGAGUGGUUUCACCGAAUGAAAGUUCGAAACAUCUCUCCAAACGAGGUGAGUUACGAGUUGCUCAUCGAGGCCCUUGCAAAGGAAGGAAAACCGAGGCUUGCUUAUGAGUUAUACUUGAGGGCUAAGAAUGAUAGUCUCAAUCUUUCCUCUAAGACAUAUGAUGCAGUAAUUCAAUCCUCUCAAGUUUAUGGGGCCUCCAUUGAUAUAAGAGCGUUAGGGUCUCCACCACCUGACACGAACAAGAGUUCAUAGAUUAAAAAAAAUAUCGACUUUUGACGAAAGUUCAUAACUCUGCCGAUGUUCCCAAGGAAAACAAACAAUUUCAGAAAAAGGAAGCGAUGAUGUGUCGGUACCGUAAUCUUAUAUGUGCAGUGCAGGAAGCAUUAUGAGCAACUGAGGAAACCUAUGGCUUCUGAUGACCCGACCGAGCACAUACUGAGCUCGAGAAAGCCAAUAGAAAGCAAUGUGGCGUGGAGGAACUUCAUCAAUGACUGAUCAAGGAGUCAACUUAGAACUUGUGCAGUAAGAAACUUUUCUCUGUUGAUAUGUUUGGAAAUUUGAUGGUCAAAACACAAUAUGUGAUGUAGAAAACCAUUUUUUAAUGAAAGGAAAUGAAAAUUUGUAGCUUUUUCGUUUUUUAUA